AUAUCCAGUACCUUACAUUGUAUUCUUACUGGCGAACCGAUCAACUCGGAUGCGUUACAGGCCAGUUUGCUUGCUCCACUCCACGUCCGAUUGCCCUCGGCUCCGCAGCUCACCCUUACCCGUUCGACCGCGAACCAGACAACCACAUACAAACGCUGCCGUUCGCGUUCCGGAAGUGGUUCUCAUAGGAAACGUUCGACCAGUGGAUCACGAUCAUUCAACACAUCUCGAUCUCCUGCGUCGGUAUUUGACCGUUCUAGUUCAACUGGUCUGUGGCCGCCGUUGUUCUUGACCUACUCGGCACUUUCUGAGGUCACUCGAGCUGUACCUGAUCUGGCCAUACAUCAGCGCUCACAGGACGAUAUCCAUGGAGUGGUCCAAUUGAUUUGUGAGUUUCUACCCCCGGUACCGGCAAAUUCCUUCAUUUAUCGAUCCAUGGACAGUCGUGCACCGUUCGCUGCCUUCCAACCCUCCUUGUCGUCCAAUCAAUGUUCGGACUCCAGCUCGUUGAUUUCUCUGUCCACAACACUUUCCUGCUCUUUAGCACAUGUUCUAACCGGGGAUCCCGUCGGUGGAAGCACAACCACCAACAACGUUGAUAUGGCAGAUUCAUCCACAUCAAGGGCUAACAGACCCCAACGAUCGGAAAGUGAUCGGGUUGAUACAAGUGUUCGUGCACACGCGACUUCCAGUGGACUAACCGGCGGUUCUCGUUCUCUCCGUUAUUCGGAAACAGACGGUCACUCAGGUCUUCCCUCCAACCGCGAGAAAAAUGGCGCUAACACCAUAUCGUACUCUUCCGUUUCAUCUGCAUCGUCGGAAACGCUUCGUCACGUCUGCCUCAGUUUGCCUCAUGUCUCCUUAUCCCCCACGACCGAAGAUCCCCGUGCAUCUUUAUUAUUUCAUGAAUGUGAGGCUUUGCAUGCCCGUUUACAGCGCCAGUCUGCCGUAACUAUCGUCGUUUCGGAUGACAGUGAGCAAGCCAUGACGGUCCCCGGAACCACUCGACGUCGUUCUUCCGGUCGUCAUCGUGCCGGCGACGAUCGUUCGACCACUCUCGCAGGUGCUAACGCGUCCGCUUUAGAAUCCGUCGCGGAACUGGACCAUGAUCAUCGUCCGAUCGGUUGGGAUGAAGAGACUCAGUGUUUGCAACUCAUCCAAACUCUGUUGCCUCUGCUUUUCGAGCUAUUCACUGAGACGACAAAAUUGCAAACGCGUUUACGUUGUCUUGAAGCUAUUCAAAGAAUGCUGUUCUACUCCAGUCCGGUCCUGUUGGCCAAAGUACUUCGUCCCCGUCAUGUAUGCAGUCACAUUGUCGGCAUGUUGAAUAGUCCAGAAAAACGGAUUCUAUUAGCCGGUCUGCACAUUGCACUCAUGUUGGUCGAUCGAAUUCCACCCAUGUUUGCCACAUACUUCCGCAAAGAGGGUAUUCUGCAUCAUGUUGAACAGCUGCAUACCACACUGGGCUCAUUAGUCCUUGUGAUGCCGUCUGGUAGCGGUGGAUCAGAUGAACAGUUGGUUUCCCCAGGAAAUCUUUGGAAUGUGGUGUCAGAAGAAACCACUCUCCUCGUAUCCGCUAAACACGACACGUCCGAUACUGGAGAACAUGACAAUUCAUCUGGUUGGCCUACCACCACAUCAAACUCCGGUACACUUUUUAUACCAAAUCCUGUCUAUCGUCGCGUGCACAAUACGGAACCAUCUACGCCAGUCAGUGAGCGUCCCCGACGAUCGAAUCAUCACAAUACGGGGUCAGGGAACACUGGUCAUGUUAGCAACACAAACAGUUCAACCGAAGCCAACAAUAAUAACUUCUAUAAACAUGCUCCCGUGACCACCGGUGCCGUGUCAACGCCGGUCCUGUGUGCUGGCACGGACGAAAUGACCACUGAUGAUAUGCUAUCCUCGUGGAUCAUGUUUGCAUGCGAGCAGCUCCAGUCUCGUGUGGCUCAACUCAUAAACCAUCUCACACGAAACGAAGACUCUAUCAAGGGUGCAGUUGAUGGCAUGGAUGAUGCCUUAGCUGGUUUGGAUCUAGAUCCGACUCAUGUAGUCCCAUCACGAUCCCCGCUUGCUCAAUCCAACACACCCAUGCCGACCUCCAUAGAUCUGAUGCCAAAAUUGACCGCGAUUGCCACACAUCUAGGCUCGAGCAAACCAGCUCUGUGGGUGUUUGCUUUCGCCCAGUUGAUCGAGCUACUGCGCCCAACUUUAAACCCAGCUGCGGAAUCCCCGUCUCCCUUCGAGUUGCAACAGAGUGGUGUUAAUGCCGCGCUGUUGCGCUAUCUGACUGAACCAGACCGGUGUGAAAUCCGGUUGUGGAUUCUUUAUCGGAUGUUUUUCCGAUCUCGAGCUAGUUCCGAUGUCCGUCUGCUAUCUAGUAUGAACCUAAUACAACUCAGUCGUAAACAAUCUGCUACCGGAAAGAAUUGGCCUCAUCUUCUUUCAGCGAGCCCAGUUCUCCUGGAACCGAGCAAAGCUGAUCAGCUAAUGGAAGUGGAUCGAUUUUUAAACGCACAACUUUCUCGGGCUCCCGAUGAUCCGCUUUUCGUAGACGGACCGGAUGCUUUUCUCGCUCUUAUUCAUUGUGCCCUUGCCUGUUUUCAUCGUCACGAGCAUUUUCAGGUUUCAGGAGUACCCCCUCUUCUUGGCUCAGAUAACAAAUUGCUUAGUUUGCUUCACACUGAGCCGCAAAACAAUGCACCUCUGGCUGCUCAUGACUUAGAAGAUGGAGCUAACGCAUAUGCUCUUGCGUCUACUGCCCUAGCCACUACCAGCACAAGUCAGUCCUCUACGACAGACAGUUCAGGUCAUUCUUUCACCACUUCCCCAGCUGCUCGUUCGAAUAACCGUGGAAAAAAUAUGCCUUUUCAAGGCACCCACUUCCCGCCAUCUGUAAAUCCGCAAAUGUGCGCUGCCAUCUCGCUGCCCAGACCGAUUUCCACUGCUCCACCGCCAGCAACCCCACAGCCGGGUUUCCUGUGCAUUGAUCUGGUCAGCUUGCCGGAUCCGGACGAAUCGGAUUGGAUGAUCGCAGCGGACGCUGAAGCCGUUGUUGCAGCAGACAAUACCGCCGGUGGUAAAUCCACCUCCAUCCGUCACUCUUUUGGAACAAGUGCAACUGCCGGCUCGUCCUCCUGCUCUUCGGUCUCAACCGGUCGUCGUAAAGAAGGUCGUAAAUCUUCGGCCAGUUCUGUUGCUUCUUCCAAUCAGACAAGCAGUUCUACACUGACAAAUGAAGCUCAUUCAACCACAUCCGGAAGACGAUUCUCACUGCAAAUCAGUGCAUUAGCUACCUUGCAGAAUCUCGAACGCCUCCUGAUGCAGCGAACCUACGUUAGCCAGCUCAUUCAUGACGGGCUGUGGAAUCCGGAUCAUGACUAUGGCCUAAAUCUGAGCUCGUGGAUCGGUACGGAACAGGAUUCAGCUUUUCGGGACGAUGAAUUUCGUAACCUACUUGAUGUGCACAUUCUGGACGAAGAUAGCGAUCCAAACGGGGCAGAUGGAGAUGAUCGUGAGGACCCAGGACUUUCCCGAAGUGAUCGACAUCGCCGUCACCGCCGUGUGGAUAACGAAGUUGAUGUGGUUGUGCUACUCGAAGAUGAGGACGGUAAUGAAGAAGUUGGUAGCACUGCUGAAGGGCGUGGUUCGCGUGGUCGACAUGAGCGAUCACGUGGUCGUGGAACUGGGAGUUCCGAUUUUUCGAUUGGGUUGAAACGUUCGCAUCUAUCUGGUGCAACUGGUCGAGCUCACCGUCGGACCACGGGAUCCUCUACCACUGCUAGUAGUCACAAUCGUCGGUCCGAUCGUGGGCGUCUAGCUCACCCCAACACCCAGUCUCAAAAUACCACGGAAAAUUGCACCUUCAAUUCUUUGCCCGCCGUUAAUCGUGUCAUCUAUCCAGGUUUGUUCUAUUCUCCAGUGACUGAACCUCAAUCUGGUGUAGAGACCCGGGCGUCAGAUGGAACGGUUCGUGGUUUACGCACCAUUCUACAGCGCUGUCCGAAUGUAACCCCAUCAUCCCAUACAGGAACGGAUGCAGAGCCCACUGUCACUGUUCCCGAAGCUCUCAGACCCGUAGACACUCGGGGUUCACGUCGACGUUCCGUCACAACGACUCAAGGCAAUCGUGAAGUAAAUCUAGCAGACUUACGUUCACUUGCUCUAUCCUCUGUUCCUAAUGAGCACGUUCAUACUCGUUCCCAUGCGGACCAUUUAAUAGUUGGGCAAGAGGUGAAUAGUCAUGUUCGCUCUGAUCAAAACCCCCGACUAUUGUUGUCCACCGCUUCUCAUUCUCACAAAUCUGCUGUGUCACAUGAUACCGGAUCCGCUAAUCCGUCAACCAGCGUCGGAAACAAUGGUAACAGCAGUGGUAUGACGCGACAUCGACGCUCGAAGGGCGGUUCGUUUUUCGCCGCACUGGGUGCACUAGCUAAUUUAUCAACAGCCAGCAAUGGAACAAGCACAAAUACUGCCUCUCACGCUGCGGGAUCUCGCUCAGGGGGAAAGUCUUCGCAUUCAGGUGCCGGAACUGGUUACGGUUCGUCGGUUCGGCGUGCGUUUACAAUGCAUCAUCAUUCCCCACAAUCAGUACAAUCUUCUUCCAACUCGUCCGUUCAGUCGUCCUCAUCCUCAUCUGCGUCGUCGAUGUCUCCUCAUCCUUCCCCGGUUUCACCAUUUGGACGUGUGGAUGGACAUUGGACAACUGGAACAAAUGCAGCUGGUCACUUACGCCACUCCAGCAAACAUGGUCGCCGUCCAUGUACCAUUCAGUUCUUUGUGGGUGGACAUCAGCUUCCAGCUAAAAUGGCCCUGUUCGAGGCAAUUCGUAGAUAUAGCACGGAAUUCGCGGAUCGCUUGUCUACAGCUAUCUCAAAUGCGGACCGACUUAGUUCGGCAUCAAGGUUAUCCACUCCAUUCUCGGGUGUGAACAACAAAUUGACGGAUCAAGAGGUUGAAGAUUUGACGGGUCACUUGCUCUGGAGUAUGACACAUACCAUACAUUAUCGUUUGGUUUAUUCAAAUGCUGAACCCAGCCAUCACGCCAGUGGUCCUGCCGUGCAUCACGCUGCACUCACUACCGGGACAAGUGCUGUGUUUGGUCAUCGAAAAUCUGACUCGCAUUUGACCCAACACGUAGCCGGUCUGGCAUCGCGCGCGUUUAGUCUUUCUCGAAAAAUUUCUGACCCAUGCCCAUCUCCACCGGGGACAACUCCCUCAUCUGUUUCUAUCGGGACCUGUUUAAAACGUCGACGUCCCGACGCGGAUCAGGAACUGAAUGCCACCGGACUUGUCGACUCACAUCCUGUGGGAACCGACACUGGUUCUACAUCUACGUCCUCUCAUCCGUUGUUCUCACACCUCUCACGUGAUUUGCCUCGUGGUUUCCUCUCCGAACCUCACUGCGCUUGCAUCGAAGCCGAUAGCGAAAUGCAUUGUACACCCACGAUCGGCCCCGUACAUUCGCCAUUUGUAAAUAGAGCUGUCCCAAGUGCGCUGUUAGAUGAAACUGUAUCCAGUUCAUUGGUCCUCCUCCGAACCUUGCACACUAUCAGCCGUCUUUGGUAUACGGUCCAUGACGCCUUAGAUCCGUUCCCAGUUGUUUCACCGCUGAUGUUCCGUAGUCCCAAAUUGGCCAUCAAGGCUGGUCGUCAACUGCAGGAUGUGUUCAGUGUGUUGGCCGGUAAUUUGCCCUCUUGGCUGAUCCACCUGAUCACUACUUGUCCCUUCCUGUUCCCUUUCGAAAUCCGACGUACCUUUUUCUACUCCUUCCAUUUUGAUCGAGACCGGACGUUACUGCGAUUUCAGGAUACGGUCACUUCCUCCGUCUCGGAGUUUGAGCAGCAACCUCAGUCAGCUGCCUUAGACUCACGUGGAGGUAUCCAGCUUCUUGCACCUCAUAGCUUUCUGGACGGGGUGGCUCAGUCUCUGAAUCUCGGUGCCGGUUUGGGUGGCGCAUCUCCUCGGUCAGGUGCUGGUAGCUCGAUAACCUCUGAAUUGUCUGCACCGACUACUGCAUUCAGCUCCGCCCUUAGCUCACCAGGUUCUACUGCAUGGAUGUCCAACGUGUCCACCGAUUCGCCCGGCGCAGUCGCAGCGAUUUCGGGGAGCAAUACCACUGCAGCAAUCUCCUCCGGCUCAAUCCCUCUGCGUCCGCAGCGUCUAGCGUUACAGCCGCGUGGUCGUUAUGCGACCCGAAUCACUCUGGCGCCAAAUCUGCGUCGUCACAAAGUGACCGUUCAUCGGGACGGUAAACGUUUGUUGCGGCAGGCUGAGGUGACUCUGGCCGAUCUGCUUGCUUCACGAGCUGUGUUGGAGAUUGCUUUCGACGGUGAAGUCGGAUUCGGUCUCGGACCGACGUUGGAAUUUUACACACUGGUUAGUCGGCAGUUGAUGAAAGCUAGUUUAGGCUUGUGGCAUGGUAAUGAAACGACCGCCGAUGGUUAUGUGAUCGCCCCGCCACCUGGCCUUUACCCACGACCUUUGGCCAAACAAGCUAGAUCCACCACGGUACGCGAGGUUCGGUCCAAAUUUCUCUUCUUGGGUCGACUGAUGGCACGUGCUUUACUGGAUGGACGACAACUUGAUUUGCCCUUCUCUCCUGCAUUCUUCAAAUGGUUUCUGGGAGCCACAUCCAGUGCUUCUGUUGCCCAAGGUCACAUUCUUCCAAAUGAUCUAGCUCUGGUCGAUCCAGAACUCGGUCGGCAUAUGCGUCAGUUGGCGGAAUUAGCCAAUCGACGUCAGGAAUUACNCAUGUCUUGUUUGCGCGGUGGGGGUGGAUCGUCAUCCACUUCAUCCUCUAGUGCGGAGACACGAAAAUUGGAUGAAUUGCGAGCCGCAUUGAUGCUUUUGGACAAUGAAAUUGAGGAUUUGUGUUUGAAUUUCGUCCUACCUGGUUAUGAGAUUGAAUUGUUGAAGAAUGGAAGUCACAUUCAGGUUACUGGUAGCAAUCUGGGUGACUACCUCCGUCUGGUUGCACACUGGCUCGUAAUUGAAGGUGUCAGUCGUCAAAUGGAAUCUGUGCUGGAAGGAUUCGAUUCUGUGCUACCCAAUGUCCGUCCGCGUCUGGCAGUUCUAUUUCAACCGGAUGAAAUGGAGGGUCUGUUCUGCGGUCGAUCACAGUCACAAUUCGAGUUGCUCGGACGGACGGAUGCAGGCGUGCAAAGGCGCGCACACCCGGGAGCUCCCGGUUGGCUCGCCGGUCCACCGGUCCCCGAUCCGGAGGGAUGGGAUGUGGCCAGUCUGACUGAGGCGUGUCGUUGUGAUCACGGUUACACACCGCAGUCUCGGACGAUUCGACAUUUAUUUGAAGUGAUGUCUGAAUUCGACGAAGAAGAGCGCCGAUUGUUUGUGAAGUUUGUUACCGGUAGUCCACGGUUGCCGGUUGGUGGUUUUCGAGCCCUCAAACCGCCCUUGAAAAUUGUUAUGAAACGAGAAGGCGGUGAGAACGCAGACAAUCACUUACCCUCAGUAAUGACGUGCCAAAACUAUUUGAAACUACCGGACUACUCGACCAAAGAGCUAUUGGCGAGCAAACUUCGUUAUGCAAUUCGAGAAGGUCAAAAUGCGUUCCAUUUGUCCUGA